CUCAACAAAAUUUACAUAGAAUGUCAGCUCUAGUUAAUAUCAAAAUCCAUAUAAUGAUAAGACCAUCUUUAUUUCUCUUCGACAGAUUCAUUCACAAGAUGAAAGACUUAAAAGUCACCUAGAUUUUAUUUUGUAGUCUAGUCUUCUUGGUAACCAUAUUUAACAUUCCUGAACUUAUAUCUUUAAUUCAAGGCGAAUCCUCACAACAAGGUAAGUUAUCUAUUUAAUGCUUUAAUGUUAUAAAAACGCUUCAAACAUAAUUAGACCCGGAUUUUUUUUUCUUUUCAAUUUGAAUUUUGGAGCAAUCUUAGCCGUCGGAUCAAGACAGAUAUAACCGUUAGGGAGCGCUCCUCCAAAAAUGAUAAUAAAUCAGACAAAAUCUCUCUCUCACUUCCCUGUCUCUUUGAAUCUCUUGUGUUCAAACAAAGCUUUGAGAAGAAGAAGAAGACGAUGUCGAGGAUGAGAACUUCUUACCUGAAACCACCGCUUCCCAAAUCUCCCCUCCGUCUCCGAUCACGCCAAGUCCUCUCCAACUCCUCUUCUUCAUCGAUUCUCCGAACACCUCCAGGCCUCGCGAAGUUCCAGAAACGUAACGCUGCGGAUCUGGAAUCGAACCUCCCGGUCGAGUACUCCUCGAUCUCAAGCGAGAUCCACGCGAUGGCGAAGAUGGUGGAGAAAGAGUUCGCUCAGGAAGAAGUGAAAUCCAGAGCCUCGAGUCUGGAGCAUAUGGCUGCGAACUCGGAGGUGGCUCCGGUGUUCGAGAGAGGGAGGUUCUACGAUGAGUAUUCCGCCAGGAGGAACGAGAGGCUGAGGAGGAAGAAAGGUGAAGAUACUGUAGUGAAAGGAACUCCUUACAAUCUUGGAGUCGAGCCUAUGACGACUAAGAGAAGAGGGACCGUUAAGAAGAAGACGACGAUGGUUGAGAUGACGGCGACGGCGCCGAGGUAUUCGCUGAGGAGUAUGAAGAAGGAGAAUAAGAAGCCUCCGGUUCCUUUGAAUGUUGAUGUUAGUGCGAUGAAGACUGUUACUGCUACUACCAGGAGGGGUAGGAGGAUCUGAUGUUAUUGUUGUGUGAAAUUGAAAUUUGAGGUUUUGAUUUCUGCAACUCUGUGUUUUAGUAUUGUUGUUCUGCUUGAGGGAUUUGGAUUAUUGAAACUUCUUUGCUUUGUUUUCUGAUUUUAUUAAUACAUUCAGAUAAGCUUUUUAUCUAUCAAAUGCAUUUUUUUGGGUAUCA